AUGUCAGUAUCCUCAACUUCCUCCAGCCUGAGCUCGGCGACCCGCCAACUCCCUUUCUACAACUUGCCACCUAAACUGCAAAACCUGCUCGCCAAGCGAGUCAGCGAGUGCCGCGGCCCAUCAACAUUUGGCCUCAUUGGUCAUGAGUACGAAACAUCACAAUGGCUCACCAAUUCCAGAAAUAGAGAGUAUGUAGACGACAUGUGUACUUGGGUUGUUCAUCUCUAUGGGUGUGGUGAGAAGCUGUGUCCACGGGCUUUCGAGACGAAAAGGAUCAGUAACCGAACACUGGGAGAGCAGACAUGUGGAUGCAAGGGCCCGAGUACGACGAAAUAUGAGAAAAUCCAUGAUGUGGGUGGAGUGCAUUCGAAGGAUGGAGUUGCUAGGUUAGAGUUUCAUCCGGAGGACCACGCUUUCGGCGAGGUGUUGGAUGAAGAGGAACUUUUGGUGGCUGCUGCUAGGAAAGUUAGGGAGCAUUGGGGAAGUGAUGGGUCAAGAUCGAUUCGUUCAUGUUCCAGUUCGGGAAAUGAACACAACUAUCGGAGGGGAGAGACAACGCCUGAUCGGAUAAUUGUCGAUGUCCGCAAGUCUGGAUGUUAUUUGGGAUGCGAGUCCAAGGAUGACACGGAGCAUCCAGUAGUGACGGUUGAAGUGAGAUUUUGGGAAUAA